AUGGCAGCGCUGAGACAGGAGCAUCGGUAUGGGCUCUCCUGUGGUAAAAUCAACAAAAACACCCCGAAUCAAACUCUGUAUCACGUCAAACUCACGGACACCGCCAUCCGGACCCUCGAAGCCUACCAGAACCUCAAGGCAUCACUAUCAAAUCAGCCAGCAAUUUGCUUCAAGGGGAGCCAGGGGUAUGUGAAGAUCCCAGCGCCCACCCCUGAAUCUCCUGAUGGAUUCAGAGUCUUCUCAUUCUACCUUUCCAGUGACAGCAAAGACAAGCCUCAGUCCAGCUUCGACUGUAUUCACCAGUAUGUCUCAGGGGAGGGCAGGGAUCACCUGGAGGGCCAGGGCAGCAUUCAGGACAAGAUCACAGUUUGUGCCACAGAUGACUCCUACCAGACGACCCGGGAGCGCAUGUCUCAGGUGGAGAAGGACAUCUGGAGCCGCUCAGCUAUUGAGAUCAAGCCAGGGCCAAGUAAGUACGUAAAGGUCCAGAGAAAGCAUGGUCUGGUAUCAGGCUCAGAUAGCAGCAGCAAGCACUCCCCGAGCAACAAGAGGAGCCUGGUUCCCAGCCCUGUGGCACACCGGCCCUUGAGAGAUCGCAUCAUUCAUCUCCUGGCCUUAAAGCCCUACAGGAAACCUGAGCUGCUACUGUGGUUGGAGAGGGAGCGGGCCAGUCCAAAGGACAAGGCUGAUCUGACCUCAGUGCUGGACGAGGUUGGUAAACUGAACUCUAAAGACCACAGCUAUUCUCUGAAGGAUGAGCUCUACAGACAUGUACAGAGAGACUGGCCUGGAUAUCUAGAGGAGGAGAAGCAGCUCAUCCACAGGCUCCUGAUCAGGAAACUGCAGCCACUCCACAGUAGCCAGUUGAAGAGUCCCCAGUCCAACCAUUCAUUCCACAAAACUCCAGGGGACUCUCCAGCACAUCUCAGUCCUGCCAAGAAUCUCUCUGUGAAACGGCCAUUGCCCUCGGACCCAUCCAACUGUCAAACCCCCAAAAAACAAAGACUUUUAGACCAGUGUUUGCCUCUGCAGUCGCCGUCUCAUGGAGACUGCGGCACCAACGGGGCUCGUAGCUCCUCCAGUCACGGAAACUCUCGAGUGCAGAUCAAACUGGAGUUCGACAAAACCAGCAAUCAUCUCCAGGGGAGCCCACAUGGUCUGUACUCGCCACACAAGCUCAGCGGCUCAUCCACUGUUCCCAAAGUGGAGAGGACAGAGCCAGCUGCCACUGAACCCAGCCCCAAGCCGCCACACACUGACAUGUCCAUUUGCACUGACCAGUCGUUCACCAACGGCCAACACAAAAAGAAGAGGUCCAAAAAGCACAAAGACAAAGAACGAGAGCGCUUAAAACCAGACUGGAUCGAGACAAGUCCAGACUUAAAGCAGGACAGAGAAAAUCUCAAAGACCAUGAGGGAGUGAAAACACCAGUCAAUCGAACCUCAGCAGAGGAACUGCCCGACUAUUUAAUAAAAUACAGCACUAUAACAGCACUGGAACAGCGUCAACAGUACAAGGACGACUUCUGUGCCGAGUAUGAUGAAUACAGAGCUCUUCAUGACCGGAUUGGGGCUAUCACAGAGAUGUUUGUUCAGUUGGGCUCAAAGAUCAACACGCUCUCCCCUGGAACACAAGAGUACAAGCUCAUGGAGGAUCAAAUACUGCAAAAGUACAGAAAGUAUAAGAAAAAGUUUCCCGGGUAUCGGGAAGAGAAGAAGCGAUGCGAGUACCUCCAUCUGAAACUGUCGCAUAUCAAAGGCCUGAUCACAGAUUAUGACCAAGCACAGGGACUCUCAUAGUGACCAGCCUCUGCCCUUAGCAGGGUGUCAACAUGACUGGACCAAAAGACUCCUAAUGGACCCAAAGACUGGCCAGCUGAGUCCCGGAGUUGCUGAGACACUUAUUCACUUUACUCCUCCGAGUGUUAAUGGCAUUGAGGAGCAUUUUUUUAAAAAAAAAGUGGGCUGAGACCACCGACUCGUGAUCAAAUGUUGCCCUUUAACUUUAUGGUUUCCGACUAUGAUUAUUGCUGUAAUGGCUGAUUCUGUUCUGCUGUAAAAUGGUCUGAUGACACAGUGAAAGCCAAAUCUGUUUUUUUCUGAAACGCAAAGCAGAGGUGAUCCUUUCUGCCUAAUUGCAAUUGUAUUCUAUCAUGUCAGAACUAAAAAAUAAUGUGUUGAUUUGUAAAAAGAAAAGUAUUAAAUUGAUGGUACAAUCAAUCUUAGGGGGAAACAAACAUACUUAAAGUCUUUAUAUUUGACAUACAGAGGAAUCUGUUUAUUUGCUGUUAGCUGAUAGAAAGUAAACACAUUUGGUAUUCAUUAGUUGCAGUAAUAUGAUCAUUAAUGACAUUAAUAAGGUCGAGCUAUUAACAAUUUCAUAUUGUGGUCUUCAGACUACAUGCAAAUAAAAUUUUUAUCAUCUGUACAAAGCCUGUAUUUCUGCAGGACUAAAACCCUACAAAGGUGUGUCUUGUAUCACUAAAAUGAUCAUAAAAUGAAGUUUAAAGCAUCAUAUGCAAAGUUCUUCUGGCUUUGAUCAUAAGGAACAAUACCAUGUAGCUUAUGCCACAAAACCACUCCUCCCAGUACCUGAAUGCUGGUUUCAAGGUAGUGCUCGUGCACAAUUAGUGUCAACCUUACCCACAUGUAGCCUACCACCAACUGCCUUUUCACUAUCAACUCUAGGUUUGUUUACUGGUACACAGUUAAUAUGCUUUAUUUAUGCUGUAGAAAAAUAAUUACCAGCUGCCCCAUGAAACUUUUCCUUUUACAUGCAGUUUUAAAAGCUUACAGGGUAUUUUAUCUCGGUUAUCACACUUGUCCACACAUUUUUUGAUUUACUGUGAUUUUGUUUUGGUUUGAAGUCUUGAGAUAGAUUUGCAAAAGAGAUGCCUUGACCUAAUUGGACUGGACAUUUUUAGUCCCAUGUGCAAAAACGUGCAGAGGAUGGCACUAUGGGUCGGUCACUGGGGUCAUACCACUUCAGUUCAGUUGGUAAAGAGCAGGUGGACCUCUAAAGGCUGCUGGCAAGGAUUUCAGACUCACUUUAGACUUUCUGGAAUUAUCUGUCACAAGGCAGGUACAUUUGAAUAACCACAAACUGUAAUUUAUUUUACUUUAUAAUUAGCUGUAGUCUGAAGUAGGAAAUAGUGAUCAGAUUUCAGUGUUCUCUGGAUGUUUUCAUCAGCGUAUCUCACAGCCGUUGUCUUAACAAUGACUUAAAAUGGAAAAAUUAAGCUAAUAUUUGCCUUAACAUGUAUGUCGGACAUCUCCAAGAUUAUGCCAUCCCUGUUCAGAAAUGGUCUUGGGUUUACAUGCACAGUUCAAAACCUUCACAGACUUUUCUGUAAUUGUCUAUUAGUUUGAAGGAAGUUGUUACUGGAUAGUUGUUACUGGAUCGUCAUAUCUGUGUUGUUAUUUUUUCCCCAUGUAGCAACGUCUUACGCUUAUUCCGUUUCAGCUUCAUUUGUCGUCUCGUAAUCUGUCGGAUAAUCAUGAACUGUUAAGGAAUUCAAUUUACUGUCCUAUCUUAUCGAGCACCACUGUCAGAAGAAAGAAUUGUUGCAGAAAUCUAUACAACAUAAUGUACUUUGCUUCUCUUGAUUUCUCAUCGAAAAUGCUCAGUGGGCAAAUUGUCACAUAUUUAGCAGUGUUUUUUUUUUUUUUUAGUUUUUUUUUUUACAUAAGUUAAAUGAAUGUUUUUCCAAGAUUUGGUAGGUAACUUCUGGUAUGUUUGAAGGAUUUGAGACUAGCAGCAGUUGCUCUGUCUUGGCACAUACGAGUUUCCAAGAAAGGAAUAUUGACUAGCAAUGACUAUUGGAAAAAUGAGAAUUGUAAGCCCAGAUUUUGAACAUGAAAUAUCAUCAAAGUUUAAAAUGUUGGAUUGCUAAAGCUCCGGUACACCUACAGAUAUGUCUUCUUUAUUUUUGGCUUUUUUGGACCUCACACUCUUAUGAUUUUUCUGUCAAUAUGCAUUUUGAUGAGCUUAGCAAAUGUGCCACAUAGCUCCAUGCAACUUCAGAAAAUUGGCCAAAAUGACAACUGUGUAUUGGUAUGGUACUGGAUCUGGAAAUCAGUGAGUUGUUUUAAAAGACAAAAGUGCAAUGCCUGCUCAGAUAUACAACAUAAUUUAUUUGUGUUUCAUGGAAUUUCUCAUUCAAAGACUAAAAGGUACUGAAAAGGGUUUUGAGUGAAUGAAGUCAGGAUGGGAUCCUCAACAUUUAGACACCAUUCAGUCCAUGAUACCUUAAAAGUAAUAAUUUACAGAAGUAAUACAAGUUAAGGGCUUCCCAUGUACCACUAAUGUACUAUUGAUUCAUUGUGCAAGACAUAUGUGAUCAAACACAUGGCAUUGUGGGCAAAAUAUCAGUCGAAUCAGUAUGAAUGAAGAUAAUCAAACUGUUCAUGCCAACAUGUUUUUAGGACACCGGACCCUUGGUGAAAGGGGCCUCUCAAGUGCUGACUGUGAUGUUUUUUUACUGUUGCAGGAGCGAACUACUGAUGGUGCCUUUCUCAUUGAAAAAGCAGAGCCAGUCUGCGUGUAACGAUCAUUGGUAUUCUUAAAAAAUUGUUUUAAAAAAAGUUGAACCAGCAGUAUUUACACAUCUGUAGUUUCACACUGUUGCCACUGUUCAGAGUGCUUUGAUCAUAAUUUUUGGGAAAAAGCUGAUAUCAGAUGCCUUGUAAAAUGUAUUAAGUGGCGCUGACAUUUUUCCAGGUGUAAAAAUUCUGCAUUUUAAAAAUGCAAGGUUUUACAGGACACCAAUUAAAUUGCAUCUAAUGUAGCUGUCUGCAUACAAAUGGCCUGGAUUUUGUUUUCAAAUUUAAUACUGCUGCGUUUAAUUACUGAACAGUACUGGAAAAGCAAGGCCAUGAUAGCAAUGUGAAAUCAAACAUUUUGCCUAUUAUGAAUCACUGCAAUUGAUCUACGUAGGAGAACAAAUUUCUUUUAUUUAUUGCUUUGUAUGUGUUUGUCCUUUUUUGGGAUUCGUCCUUGCAUAGUUUGUUCAUUCUUUUCACAGCAAAACUCAUAGUACGGUGAAAGGGAAAUGGAAUAUAUUUUUGCAAUUUUUGAUGGUGGAUGCUUUAUCAUAAUGUCAUCCUCUUGAAAAAAGCUUUCAGAAAAAAAGUGUAUUGUUGUUUCAGUAUAAAUGAAAAAUAAAGCUCUUUUCAAUUCA